AUGCGCAAGGAUAGUGCAUACGUAUGGUCCCUACCAAGGCAUCAUGUUAUUACUUGGACUCAGCUUGCGCCUUUGUGGUUCGGAACCUUCAGCCAGCAAAAUACAAUAUUGUCAUUGAGUCUCAACAGUUCGGCACCAGCAAACCCCCUGCCUACGCUUCUCAUCGGCGCCUUCAUAGCCCAGGUCGACUCCUCCAUCGUGCUCGCGAGCAGCAAGGAGAUCGCCUCGAGUUUCCACGCGCUGUCGGAUGCGUCGUGGCUGAUAACCUCCUACGUCCUGGCGCAAUGCGCUACACAGGCAUUGUAUGGCAAGCUGAGUGACAUCUUUGGACGGAAGGUUGUCUUGGUUUUCGCCUACUCAGUCUUCACGCUGGGUGGAAUCGGCAACGCCUACUGGAAAGUCCUGCUCGGACAAGCAAUAAGUGGUGUCGGUGGCGCUGGAAUGAUUGCAUUGGUUGCCGUCAUCAUCGCUGAUAUCUUGCCCGUGCGCGAGAUAGCCACCUGGAGGUCGUAUGUCAACGUGAUAGCCACCUUGGGUCGGUCUUGCGGAGGUCCCAUCGGAGGCUGGCUGGUCGACACGAUUGGGUGGAGAUGGUGCUUUCUGGGGCAGUGUCCUUAUGCUGCUCUCGCCGUCGCUCUUGUUCUCUGGAAGCUACCGGGAUCCACGGGAAAAGACAGUGCUGAGGGUGCCGGAGGGGAGCAGAGCAUGCGGUCCAAGGCGUCCCGUGUCGACCUUUGGGGCGUUAUCACGCUUCCCAGCAUGUUAGCAGCUCUCUUCGUAUCGCUCGAUCGCGGAGGCAAGUUGUAUGCUUGGUACUAUACCCUGCCAAUCGCACUCUUGGCCCUCGUCCUUGCUGCCGCUUUCUACUACGUUGAGAAAGUCGUAGCCGAGGAGCCGAUCCUGCCGAUGGAGCUCCUUGCCAAGAGAGACGUCGCCAUUCCCUACGCGAUAGUCGCCUUUCAGACCGGGGCACAAUUCAUUGCAAGCACCAUUGUCACAAGAAUCUGUGGCUUCUAG